AUGGUGAAAUGUAGAAAGAAAUGGGUGUUGACAGUGUUCAUAGUUGCUUGGGUCAUAACUUUCUGCUAUACUAUUUUGCAUUAUUACACUUAUUCGCUUGUCGACUCGAUUUCAUUAAUUCCAGGUCGUAGAUCGUAUAGAGUCGCUAAUGCUCGAGAGGUUGUUUAUUUAGCAAUUUUCACCAACCUGAUUUCUCGAAAUAUGAGCCUAGCAUUAAUUUUAAGUUUAAAUGAUAAAACAAAUUUGUUCACUGACUUAUCAAAAUUCCAGUUGUCUUUCAAAAGUUCGGAUGAUAUUUCUAAAGAUGUCAAAUUGAACCAUGCUAUUGUUUAUUCUAAACCAGAAGAAGUGCUGAACUGGAAAGAUUUCGAUCAUAAAAGUUUCUUGGAGAAAGGUGUUUUGAAACCAGGGGAAGACAGGUAUGCAGCAAAUAAAUUCAAUCAAGCUGCUAGUGAUGCUACGAAAUGGGAUCGCGAUAUUGUUGAUUCUCGGGAAGAAAGGUUGUCAACUAUGAGAAAUAAUGGCUUAGCUAGAAUAUAUUUCAGUUGCAAUGCUGUUACAUACGACAUAAAAACUUUACCAUCAACUUCUGUGAUAAUAACGUAUCAUAAUGAGGCAAGGUCGACCUUAUUACGUACCAUUGUCAGUGUGUUUCUUCGUUCACCUCCACAAUUGGUCCUUGAAAUCAUUCUUGUUGAUGAUUUCUCAGAUGAUGUAUUUAAGCGUUUAAAUGUUGAGCAGAACAUUUCAGUAAAUAUUGGAAAAGAUUUGUUAUUGAUGGAAAAUGUCAUUGUAAUCAGGAAUACAAAACGUGAAGGUCUAAUAAGAUCACGAGUGAAGGGAGCAGAGAUAGCACGUGCUUCAGUCCUUACUUUUUUGGAUAGUCAUUGUGAAUGCAAUGUUCAUUGGUUGGAACCACUUCUUGCCCGUGUUAAAGAAAACAGGAAAGCGGUUGUUGCUCCUGUUAUUGAUGUUAUCAACAAGGAUACUUUCAAAUAUAUUCCUGCUAGUGCUGAUCUAAGAGGAGGAUUUGAAUGGAAUCUUGUCUUUAAAUGGGAAUAUUUGACGGGUAGAUUGCGAACUCAACGGCAUAGACGACCUAUUGCGCCCAUAAGUACGCCUGUAAUAGCUGGAGGUUUGUUUAUGAUCAAAAAAAGUUGGUUCGAAGAACUGGGCAAGUACGAUGAGGAAAUGGAUAUUUGGGGCGGUGAGAAUCUUGAACUUUCAUUUCGAGUUUGGCAGUGUGGUGGUUCAUUGGAAAUCAUUCCGUGUAGUCGAGUUGGUCAUGUAUUUCGUAAACAGCAUCCUUACACUUUUCCUGGUGGAAGUGGAAAUGUUUUCCAAAAGAAUACAAGGAGAGCUGCUGAAGUAUGGUUAGGUGACUAUAAGCAUCUUUAUUUCAAGCAAGUACCGUCUGCUCGAUAUGUUAAUUUUGGCAACAUCACUGCUAGAAUGGAUUUGAAGAAAAGAUUAGACUGCAAAGAUUUUGAUUGGUACUUAAAAGAAAUAUAUCCAGAAUUAAAAAUUCCCACAAAAGACGAUGGGCGAUAUUUAACAUUUAGACAGGGAAAUUAUUGCAUUGACUCAUUGGGUAAACAAACAGCUUUGUCUUCUAUCAGUGUUUAUCGCUGCCAUGGUACAGGAGGUAAUCAGGAAUGGGUGUUGAAUGCCAAGAGUGGUGCUUUGAGAAGCCCUUAUUCAAAAUUCUGCAUCACAGAUGAUAAUAAAGGGACACUGGUUUUACAAUACUGCAAUAUGACUGAGGGAAAAUGGAGUAUAGAUGAGACUAAUCAAAGGUUGCUGAAAAACAACCAGUGCACAGCUUUGUUGUUGGGCGGCUCUCAAAAUGGGGAAGAUAUUCUAGCUUUAAUGCCAUGUGAUAUAACGGAUGAAAGACAACACUGGAUGUUCGAAAAACCUCCAGCUUUUUGA